AUGGCUCAGGAAUACAAGCUCAAGGGCCUGACCUCAAUUGACUUGAAGAACGGCGAGAAAAAGGAAGCGGAGGUGGAGGGCAUUGAGAAGGGCAAGGUCCUGCUUAUCAAGGUCAACGAUCAGGUCCAUGCCACAAGCAGCAACUGCACGCAUUACGGAGCACCUCUGGUAAAGGGUGUAGUUACGGGAGAUGGAAGGUUGACUUGCCCAUGGCAUGGAGCAUGCUUCGAUAUCAAGACCGGAGACGUCGAAGACGCACCAGCCCUAGACCCUAUCGCCAAGUUCGAGAUCAUCGAGAAGGACGGCGGGGUAUACAUCAAGGGCGAGGAGGAAGUCAUCAAAGCCAGCAGAGGGCAUCUGAACACCAAGUGUCAAGCCAAGGGGGAUGAGAAGGUGCUUGUCAUUGGCAGUGGUUCCGGCUCUAUAGGCGCGGUGGAAGGUCUCCGCGGCGGUGGCUUCACUGGUCCCAUCACCAUCAUAUCCCGCGAGGGCUACCGGCCUAUCGAUCGAACCAAGCUAUCCAAGGCACUCAUCGCCGACGUGGGCAAGGUCGCCUGGAGACCCGAGAGCUUCUACAAAGACUCUUCUAUCGAUCUCAUCGACGAUGAGGUCACUUCAGUCGACUUUGGCGGCAAAAAGGUGUCGACGAAGUCAGGAAAGACACACGACUAUACCAAGCUGGUCUUGAGUACAGGUGGCAGUCCAAAAUGGCUUCCAAUGGAGGGAUUGAAGGGGGAUCUAGGGAACGUGUUUGUGCUACGCGCGAUACCCCACGCCAAGGCCAUCCUGGACGCCGUUGGAGAUAACGGGAAGAAGAUCGUGGUCAUUGGUUCCAGCUUCAUCGGCAUGGAAGUCGCCAACUGCCUCGCGAGUAAGAAGAACGACGUCACAGUCAUCGGCAUGGAGAAGCAGCCAAUGGACCGCGUUAUGGGUGAGAAGGUCGGAAAGAUCUUCCGCGGCUUGUUGGAGAAGAACGGCGUCAAAUUCUACAUGGAGGCCUCGGUCGAGAAGGCCACGCCAUCUUCUUCGGACUCCUCCAAGGUGGGUGCCGUAUACCUCAAAGACGGCACCAAGCUGGAAGCGGACCUCGUGAUCGAAGGCGUGGGUGUUGCUCCCGCUACCGAGUUCCUCAAAGACAACAAGGAAGUGGAGCUCGAAAAGGACGGCUCCUUGAGCUGCGACGAGAGUUUCGCCGUCAAGGGUUUGAAGGAUGUAUACGCGAUUGGCGACAUCUCAACCUAUCCCUACCAUGGCCCGGGCGGAAAUGGCCAGCCCAUCAGGAUUGAGCACUGGAAUGUCGCCCAGAAUGCAGGCCGCUCCGUCGCAAAGGUCAUCAAUAACCCUGGCAGCCAGCCGAAGCAGUUCAUCCCCGUCUUCUGGUCAGCCCUCGGUUCCCAGCUCCGGUAUUGCGGCAACACCGUGGGAGGCUACGACGAUGUGGUCGUGCAGGGUGAUACGGAGAAGCCGAGCUUCGUCGCGUACUACACGCAGGGCGACGAGAUCGUGGCUGUAGCCAGCAUGAUGAAGGAUCCGUACAUGACGCAGUCGGCUGAGCUGAUGAGGCGGAAGAAGAUGCCUUCGAAGAGCGAAAUCCAGAAAGGGGUAGACAUCCUUGGAAUUUCCAUCCCGGCGGAAGUGACGAUAUGA